AUGACAGCUAGUGGUAUGGAGUGCAUGGAUCGGGUCAUUGAGCUGUCGCAAGACCUACACGAGCUCAAGGUGGAGAUCGACGGAUGCAAUGAUCACGAGCAGCGAGAGAAACUGGAGCAUCUUCUCCGGCGAUACAGCAAGAGACUGACUUCGCUAGAGGCACGUAGGAGUUCAGCACACAAGUGGAUCCCCAAGGCUGCAAGGCUCUGUCCGACAAGAUGUAACCUGCCCAACCUCGAGAUCUUUUGGAUCGAUGGCGAUAGGAGCCAAGGACAGCUUCCUGAUGACUGCCCCCAAUGGUUCGUCGUCAUGGCUUCGGCUCCAUCUCGAUUCCGCACCUCCUCACUGGAUUCAAGGUCCUAUGCAAUGGUAGAACUGGAGCUAGAUAACUCUCCCAAAGAUUCCGUUGAUACCGAGCGAUAUUCCGAAUCUAAGCUAGAGAAUCUCAGGACGGCCACAUACUACGACCCAUUACAGGACGCAGAUGCGUCAGAUCUGGGUGAUGCCGCGACAUAUGAGGAAAUCGUCUUCGAAGUUGAACUUGUGAGGAAGCUGAUGUGGGAGUGCACUUAUCUCCGACAUUAUGGUAUCCUUUUCCGCGACUCGCCGUUCAACAGGAUUUAG